AACCGGGCCAAGCACCGGCCACGGCGACAACGACGACGACGACGAGGAGCGGGGAAAGGAGCGACUAGCCUACGUUGCUCUCUUGCUUCUCAAUCAACACCCACACGAGAAGGCCACGCAGCCGCACUUAGCAAGUACGCACGCGAGCAGACGCGAUCGAUACCAUCGGAUCCCUCAGAACUUUCAGUCUCUGCAGCUCCUCCUCUGCUCUCAUCUUCACCUCCACCCACGUCGGCCCCUCAAUACCUCGAAUCGGGGGACUUCGCCGUCAAUCUAUGUCCCGCAACGCAAAAGCCUUCCUAGUCGGCUCCACGCUCGUAUCUGGCCUAACAGUUUGGGGUGUCCAUUUCAUGCAGAUCAAGGAGAGAGAGACAAUGUACAAAGGAGUAGAACGUGACGAGGCUCGCCAGGCCGCCAAGAAAGCCCAGCGUCAACGCGAAGCCGAUCUCCUCGCCAAUCAAGAGCGUGAAGCCCAGUUUCAGCAGAUGCAGCCUACUCGCAACUACUCACAGGCCUCCUCCACCAUUGCUGCACACUCGGUCAUCGAGGAGGGCAAGGGCUUCGUGGACAAUUUGGUGCACAAGGCUCAAAGUGGCGUCGGUGCAGCUGGAGGAGCUGUUGGGGGUAGGGAGGCAGAGGAUCGCGCCUAUAUUACCGGGAGGUGGGCCAUGAAUGGUUUGCAAGUGGGUGCUGUAGCUGCAACUCCGCUCUACUUGAUCAACUCGCUGAGGAAGGGAACCUUCACUUUUAAGAGACUGGUACGAGCUAACUGGACCACGCCCCUCCUCUCAUCCGUCGGUGGUGCCGUAGCCGGCGCAGGCUACUCUGCCACGCUUCCUGCGGCUCGCUCAUCAAGCACCUCGGCGCAAUACCGUCAGGACGCUGCAGCCGUGCGCCGAGAUGACGUCUACCUGAUCGGGGGUGUCCUGGGCGCCUUGCUCACACCAGCCAUCCUGUUGCGCCCAGCGGGGCUGAUCAAUGGUGUGCUUGGUGGCGGCCUCGGCCUUGGUGGCGCCGGUGGAAUGAUCUGGGAUGCGGCGCGUGGUGGAGUGAAGGAUGUGGUCGGGAAGGAUGCGGAGAAGGAGGUUGAGCAGGCUGCGGGGAGCGUGCUGGGCAAGGUCAAGGCACUGGGCAAGGAGGCCCAGGGUGCGGUGGAGGGCAAGUAGAGGGAAGGAUGAUUCAUAGAGAAAUGUGGUAGCGACAGCGG